AUGAAAGAAGGUGAAGAUGAGCCUACCUGGAUUCAAAUUCCAGAAAAGUUUAUUGUUCCAUACACUACAUCUCUGAUUCAAGAAAUCAUCAAUGUGACAUUCCCCAAUUUUGAUGAUAACAAGGAUGAUGACAACUACCUUCAAGAAAGAGCUAUCUUGACCCCAAAAAAUAUAGAUGUAGAUGAGAUAAAUGAACAAAUGUUUAAGAAAUUAAACAACCCUUCACGACUGUAUAAAAGUUCGGAUGACAUCUGUAAAGCUUCUACGGAAACACCGGGACAGGAAGAUUUAUAUCCAAUUGAGUUUUUAAACUCAUUGAACUUCCUGGGUAUGCCACCCCAUGAACUCAACCUGAAGGUGAGACUUCCUGUUAUGCUCCUAAGGAACGUAAACCCAAGCAAGGGUUUAUGCAAUGGUACUCGACUGAUAAUCACAGAUCUUGGAAGAUUUGUCAUCAAGGCAAGAAUAAUUACAGGGUCAAGGUUAGGAGAUACAACAUUGAUACCAAGGAUAACACUAACAUCAAUGGCAUCAAAAUGGCCUUUCAUAAUAAAACGCAUGCAAUUUCCUGUUAGACCUUGCUAUGCAAUGACCAUAAACAAGAGCCAGGGCCAAUCAUUGAAUCAUGUAGGAUUGUAUCUACCUAAUCCUGUUUUCAGUCAUGGGCAACUAUAUGUUGCCCUGUCUCGAGUAACUCAUCCUAAAGGUCUCAAAAUAUUGAUGGUAGAAGAUCAUCACAAGGAAUUCAAAAAUCAUACAUGCAACAUUGUAUACAAGGAAACCUUCAACAAUCUGUAUUGA